UGGAAAGCUGGUUUCACCAAAAUGGAAAAACUUUAAAGGCUUGAAACUUCAGUGGAGAGAUAAAAUCCGUCUCAAUAACGCCAUCUGGAGGGCAUGGUACAUGCAGUACUUGGAGAAGCGCAAGAAUCCAGUGUGCCACUUUGUGACUCCACUGGAUGGCUCCGUGGAUGUCGAUGAACAUCGUCGACCAGAGGCCAUUGCAACAGAAGGGAAAUACUGGAAACGAAGAAUUGAAAUAGUCAUCAGGGAAUACCACAAGUGGAGAACAUACUUCAAGAAAAGGUUACAGAAACAUAAAGAUGAAGAUCUUUCAAGUUUGGUCAGGGAUGAUGAUGUGGUUCUCUGGCAAAAAAGAAGGUAUGGCAGAGAAACCCCUGUCCCUAUGGAGGAAGGCAGCCUCUUGGAUGCAGAUAUGCUUAUGUCUGAGUUCACCGACACGCUGUUCUCCACACUGUCUUCACAUCAGCUGGUUUCCUGGCCAAAUUCCAGGGACAUAGCACACUUAGGAAAUGCUGACAUGAUUCAACCAGGGCUUAUUCCUCUCCAGCCAAAUUUUGAUUUUAUGGAUACUUUUGAGCCUUUUCAGGAUUUAUUCACGCCCAGUCGUUCCAGUAGUUAUUUCCCUUCUGUGUCUGCUGUCAGCUCAGCUACAACGGACAGCAGCAGCCAUUCUUCUCAGUCUCCUGUCCUGCCGUCGGGUUCGUUGCCCGACACACUUCCAGCAGAGAACAUCAGUGACGGACUGAUUCCUUCCUCAGUACCUGCACCUGAUGUUGGCACUGACCAGUGUUCCAGCAUUAGAAAUGAGGGAUCUUUCAUCCAGCCAGCGGACUUCACUCCCGACUCGUCUCUCAGCGGGCCACAAACUUUUAUGCCAGUGUUUCAGACACCCUUGCCACUGCUUCAACCUGCAACACAACAGCACCAGUCCCCGUUGCCUGCAGUGCCUCUGAAUUCUAACUUAAGCUCUCCACCAGCUGCGUUUGCUGCACCAGAAACCCAGAAGUUUGGCCUCGGUGAAUCUACAGUUAUCACCCACACUGCUUCUGCUACGUUGACCCACAAUGCCCCUGCCACCACCUUCAGCCAGAGCCAGAACCUCGUCCUGGCCACGCAGCAGCCAGCUGCAGGAGUGCCUUGUAACCUGGCUUUCCAGACGACUGUCCUGCAGGGGCAGCCCCGGCCCCAGGUGCAGUCCCAACUGACAUUUGCACUCCCCAAAGCUGUUUCUCUGGUCAGUGCUGGGACAAGGCCCAAACAGUCACAAAAAGUAGUGUCUGCUCCGAAGCCUGAAACAGUGUCCUUAUUGUUAAAGAAUGCCUUCAUCACCCCAGCUGCCUUUCAGGGACAGUCCAGAGCUGUGAUUGUAACUCCAGCAUCUUUAAAAAGAGAGGGGAUUUUGACGCCAGCCACGUCUCAGUCUAAUGUUGCAAUGGCACCAGCUGGAAUUGUCAGAGCUCCCGGGGUGACGGAGUUCCGUAGUAACAUUCUGGUUGGUCCAGCACAGCGAGCACCAAGUAGUCAACAAACCCAGUCCACAGUCUCACAUCUCUUCUCUCCUAGUGUAGUCCAGGAUGGGUUGGUGAAAGGAGAGAAAAUCCCUUCCCACAGUAGCAGUUCACAAGUUCCCUCACCUACACCUAGCCGAGAAUGUCAGAAUUCAGGCCAAGCUUCCCCCUGCGCCUCUGAGCAGAGCCCAAGUCCACAGUCUCCCCAGAACAGCUGCUCAGGAAAACCUGCUGCUGAUCCUAAUAUGGCUGCAUUUAAGAAUCGAAGAAUGAAGCAUAUUUCAGAACAAAAACGAAGAUUUAAUAUCAAGAAUGGUUUCAGUACUCUGAACAGCUUGGUUUCGGCCAACUCCAAGUUGAUCAGCCAUGCAAUCACGCUCCAGAAAACAGUAGAAUAUAUCGCUAAACUGCAGCAGGAAAGAACACAGAUGCAAGAGGAAACCAAGCGCCUUCGGGAAGAAAUCGAGGAGCUAAACGCUGCCAUCAUUUCUUGUCAACAGCAGCUCCCUGCUACUGGCGUUCCCAUAACAUGGCAAAGACUUGACCACAUGAGGAACAUGUUUGAUGAGUAUGUGAGAAGCAGGACCCUGCAGAACUGGAAGUUUUGGAUUUUCAGCAUUAUUAUUAAGCCAUUGUUUGAGUCCUUCAACGGGAUGGUUUCCACAACAAGCUUUAAGGACCUGAAUCAAACCGCAAUGGCCUGGUUGGAUCAGCACUGUCCUCUUCCUGUUCUGAGGCCAAUGGUGCUGAACACCCUCCGGCAUCUAAGUACAACCACCUCAGUUCUGUCAGACCCAUCGCGCCUGCCGGAGCAAGCCGCUGAGGCAGUUAUCAAGAUGAACAAAACAGAUGGCGAAACCUAACAACCAAAGACAAUGAGGUGCUUGUACAAGGGGUGGAGACCCUGCCAGUCCAGCGGCCUGGCGAGUCUCCUUUCAGUUGGUGCACUUUAGAAAGAAUUCACUCCAUCACCCGAGACAUUGUUCAGGGCACCUGGCUCUGCCUUCAGAAUAUGUGGAAGUACGAUGCAACGUUGUUGUAACGUUUUGAUUCCUCUUCAGUGCUGUGCUGUACUCCAUUAAGUGAGAAAACACCAAGCUCAGGUAAAUUUAGCAGGUUUGAGUCCUGCAGGCAGCAAUAUAUCUCCAUCAAUGCAGCAUGCAGCUAUAUGCAGCAAACGUAUUUCUAUGAAACAGCUUCAAGUACUAAGUUCUCUGAAGUGUAAAUUUUGUACACCAAGGAAUGUUCUCUUCAAGGGGAAAUAUACUUUUGAUUUCAUGAAACAAAAUGUGCUUUUUAUUUCAUUUUCUGGUAUUCAGUUCCAUU